AUGGUGGACUUCAACUUCACGCCCUACAUAUACGAGCCACUACCGACGCCCACGUCCAUCCGGCUCAUCAAGAUCAUCCAGGGCGGCGACGUGGGGCUGCCGACGCUCUGCGGGCACCGGCUGAUCCGAUGCGAGAUCCAGACGGUCGACCUCGCGUCCAACCCGGAGUACAGCGCGCUGUCGUACACGUGGGACAGCCCGGAGCCCGAGUGGGCGAAGCGCAAGAUCGACCUGUCGGCCGACGGCUACGGCGCGACGAGCAAGUGGCCCAUCGCGGUGAGCGGCCGCCUCUGCUACGUGCGAAAGAACCUGUACCAGGCCCUCGACCAGCUGGCCCUGCAGUACAGCGUCGACCGCCCCGACCCAGACAACUUUUACAAGACCGACCUCAUCUACUACGCCGAAUGGGGGUUUCUGGAUUGCGUCGUCGACAUGAUCCAGCGCGGCGCCAGCGUCGGCGCUCGCGACUACUUUGGAGAGACUUCGCUGCACUACGCGGCUGAGAAUGGCCACUACGAGAUCGUCAAGGAGCUGGUGCGGGCGGGUGCAGAUAUGGCUGUGUACGACACCAAGGGCAGGAUGCCGCUGCACUGUGCCGUGCACCGGAAGCGCGGGCAGUGGAAGAAGGUGGUGCAGUUUCUCGAGGACCCGAACUUCCGGCGCAAGGAGCUGUUGCAGGAGCGUGGGCCCGACAAGGGCGCCGCCAGGAACGAGGAGAGGUGGGAUUACGACAAGACGGCGCUUCACAUCAUGGCCGAACUGGGCAGGGUGGAUGCCGUCAGAGCGCUGUUGAAGAGGAAAGCCAGCGUCGAGAGCAAGGAUAUGUUCGGGGAAACGCCGCUGCACUACGCCGCCGAGAAUGGCGAAUACAAGAUUGUCGAGCUGUUGGUGAGGGCCGGUGCGGAUAUCAACGCGACGGACGACGAACAGCGCAUACCCGUGACCUGCGCGCUCCAAGCGAAAAGGAAAGAAUGGGAAGAGACGGUCAAAUUUCUCCAGGAUGCCGAGUUUCGCCAGAGUGUUCUAAUGUGCCCUGAACGGGACAACAACCGUAAGGGCCCUGAGGAAUUUAUCUGGAUCGACGCUCUCUGUAUCAACCAGGAUGAUCUGGAGGAGCGCAGCGCACAGGUCAAGAUUAUGCCGCAGGUAUACGGCAAGGCGCAGUCUGUCUUGGUCUGGCUGGGCAAUAUGAAGAACUUUUCGGACCGGUCGGGAGGAAAUUACGACGAGUUUAAAUCGCUGACAGUCGCAAUGAAGCGUAUGAACAGCGAAGCAGGGGACGUUGAAAGCUUAAAACGGAAGUGGCGCAGCUCAUUGCGCGCCUUCACUCGAGGGGACGAAAAAAUGCCUGAGGACGGCAUAUUCUCCAGAGAGGAAAUUGCUCAGAUAACGCACUGGCUUACCAGAUCAUGGUUCACCAGAGCGUGGGUGGUGCAGGAGUUGGCGUUGGCAAAGAAAAUCAAGAUGUUCGCUGCUGAGUUUGAGUUCUCCUGGUCAGAGGUGCUGCAGUUUCUGUGCCUCCUCUUCCACGUUGGAUAUUUUGAUCCUGCAUCUUUUUGGCGCAUGGAUGACGGAACAAAAACAGAAGAUUGUGUGGGAGGUGACGGAAGUGAAGCAUGGAAACUUGCUGUGAUUCGACUACGAACAGCCAAUAACCCGGAGGAGUGGGCACUUCUCGAGCCGAUAUACAAGCAGACCUGGAUCGGAGCACCCCAUGUUCGUCAAGGCGACAGAUUUCCAUUAUCUCUCCUUCUGGCCGAAACAUGGAAUUUCGGAACCAAGGAUCCAAGAGACAAGGUCUUUUCUCUGCUCAGUCUGGCAACUCCUCUACCUGAUUCAAAGCAGGUCAAGAUCGACUAUUCCGUGCCAGUAUCGGAUCUGUACACGGACGUGGCAUACCUCUUCCUCGACGGAUCGGACAAUUCUUCCAUCUACACUACGGGUACUGGGGCCGCUGGGAUCCUCGAGCCACUGGAAGGUUUAUCUUACGUCCAAGAUCCCUACGUUGGUCCACUGGCCAGAAAUCCCAAUCUUCCUUCGUGGGUGCCAGACUUCAGCACACCGCUGCUAACCGCUCGUAUCUGGAGUAGAAGAUUCCAAGCUGCAACUGCCCUGUCUCCAAGCUUCGGUGAAGGUGAGAGCAAAUCCAUACUGCGCGUGUCAGGGCUGGAGAUCGACGAAGUCAAGAAGCCGGAAAGAGAAUGGGGAGACUUCGACUUCUUAGAAUCAGAUGUGCACCUCUUGUUCUAUUUCUGUUGUGAAGCAUGUCUGGAAUAUGACAAUGCUGGCAACCAGGAACCUUUUCUCGUUGCCUUACUCCGGACACUUACAGUCGAUGGGCUUUGGGAUACUGAGAAUGAAGAAGUUCAGGCAGAGGCCAUCAAUUCAUUCCGGACUUUCUUGUGUAAGUGGCUUCAGUGGCACUACACCUGUUUAUAUGGUGGUGAAGAUGCCUGCUAUGGACCGUACACGUACAGCGAGGAAAAGAUCCAGUCUCUGACCGAAGCGCCUGACUUCUAUGAGAAGUUUCUCGCAACAUUUGAAGGGGAAGAGUCGGCAAACGAGGAUUUGAUGGUAUCACUGAAAGCAAUGCGGACCAGAGACAGGGCAAAUUGCCUCCCGACGGAUGACGAACUCAAAGCCGCGCAGAUUACCGAUUGGUGUGAAUUCCACGGCCCGGACUGCACCAGCGAAACAGAGGACCGGAAGAUGUUCUUCUCGGUCAUGAAUACCUUUUAUCGAAAGAGAAGCCUUUUCAGGACUACCAGUGGGCGAAUCGGAUUGGGUCCGCAAACCAUGGAGCCGGGGGACAAAAUCAUCUUGAUUGCGGGGGCCCGAACGCCGUAUGUUGUCCGUGAGAUAUCUGAGGAGACAGACGAUGAAAGCGAAGAUGAAGACGCAUCCGAAGACGAGGAAGAGGAGGAAGAUGGUGAAGAGGAGGGAGAAGAGGAUUUUGAGAUUGUUCGAAGUGAUGACGGUGAGGAUGAGGAGAAUGAAGACCCGGAAGAGAGCGAAGAUGGAAGAACUCCACGAUUCCAGCUUAUUGGAGAGGUAUACCUUCAUGGAGUAAUGUACGGUGAAGCUGUGACGGAAGGUGGAAGAAACUUUAAGACUCUCGAGCUCAUUUAG